GUAAUGGCCGUGACUGCAAAAGAUUUGAAUGUAAAUAGGAAUGAUAACAUAGCUCAUGAAAGUACUUUAUUGAUGUCUACUGAAAGCCAGAGAAUGAGUUGCGAGUACCUACCAAACCGUCUUCGUACUCUGCCCAUAAAUCCUGAAGACGAAGAGCAAGUUCAUAAAAUAGAAUCCCGACAGUCUGUAUGUAUAUCGCUAUCAUCUACUGAAGAUAGCCACAGUGCAAUAACUGUAACUGAUAGUAGUGUUUCGGGCUUCUUGGAGUUUGAUUGUAUGACAUCCGAAAUACCAGAAAGUGGUCAUACAGGAGACGCUUUAAUCCCGAACACCUUCAGUAACGAAAAGGCAGACCGGAUGGAAGCUUUUUUACGUGACGUAUCACAGCAGCGUAGAGAAUUGGAAGAAAAUAAAGAAGUAUAUGACGAUAAUUGCACUUUGCACAGAGAUAUUGAUUUACAUGCUUCUAAAGAAAGUGUUAAAGUAGAAGAUGGCAAUAAACAAUUGGGCGGACUGGCAUAUGCUGAUACUGAAUCCAUGACUACUUGUAGCACAGAUUAUCGGAGAUCAGAGGAAUAUGUCAACAUAUUAAGUAAAAAGCGGGAACAAGAUGCCGAGAGAGAAACUUUGUCAGAGGAAAAUCCUUUUCGUGUAUCGGCCAGCCCAAGUACUCAAAAUAUUAGAGAAAAUAAUGAAGACCCUCGUCGUUUAGCAAAUGAUGAGACGCAGGUUAACACAUCCACUUCGCGGUACAUCAAAGAUCAUUGGUUAGCUGAAACACAAAAACAGGAGGCCGACUAUUCCACGGUUAUUAGCGAGCAAAGCUUUAUCUCAGACUCUGUUAAGCUGGAUGUUCCCGAAGAUUCAGUUGUAAUUUCUGAGACAUCUAGUGAAAAUGUAAGUAACCCUUCAUUUCAUGAGAGCAGAUGUAGUAGUAGAGAAGGGAAUGCUGAAGAUAGUCAAACUACAAAUUCAGCGAAUGUCCAAAUAUCGCCACAAGUAGAGAUUAGUAGCAUUAAUAUAUCCGCAAAGAUCAACAUUAAAAUUUCCAUAUCGCAGUUAGAUAGCUCAGAAGAGUUAUGUGAAAAUGUCAAUGCAGAAUCAGUUGAAGUAAAUAGUGACGGUAGUUUGGUUGAUAAAGCUCAGGAAGAUGAAAAAAAUAAAAGCACAACAACAAUUGUUAACAACGAACUAUUGGAAGCGACGUGCGACCAACAGAGGCAAGAUAGAAGCAGAUUACAUCCGGCCAAUGCGACAGAGGAAAAUAACAGCGAAAAUAUAAACUCCGAAGAAGAGGAAGAAGCGAUGUUCCUCACUCACGCAGAAAGGCUUCUCAACCAGAUAUAUGGGAUGUCGUGGAAAACGCCGGAAGUGAUACGCACCCUUAAACGUACCAGCCGUACCCCUAAAAAAACAGAUGGCACCCCAUCGCCCACAACUUCUAAGGCAUCGACUUCAUUUACAGGAACAAAAUUCGAUAGUAAUGGGAAACAAAACAUUGAGCCUUCUAGCUGUGAAAAGUUAAUGGAUAAAAGUGUCGAGCCAAGUAUAUUGGAUGAUUUCUCUAUUUUUCGUCGCGACAUUGUACGUACGAAUUUGGAUUCUACACGCUUCGUUACACCGAAGCAAGACAAGAACCAAACCAGAACACCAGCUGUAUAUGACAACUUCAGUAGCGAACCGCGCUUUAUAACUCAGCGGAAUAAACAGCACGAUUUUAAAGUUCCAAAAACCGAGGUCAAGAAGAAAUGUUCGCCUAAACGAAAACAAAAUAACGUGGCCUCAGCUGAGCGUUGGCGACAAAUAGUGGAUGAGAGCAGUGAGACGUCAGGUGACAAUGCUUCCGACGAUGACACAUUAGACAAAACAGAAACCCCUGAUUACAGGGGUGGUAAUAAAGAAAAUGAAAUCGAUAAAGAUUCAGAGUGGAGUAUCACAUCUGAUGAUAGCGAUGGAAAUGACUAUGAAAUCCCACUACCAAAGAAAAGCAAUAAAACGCAAGGUAAAAAACAACAACAACACAAUUCCAAUCGCAGAGAAGAGGCUAGUUCCACAGGACGUCGACUAGGAAAACCGAAAUCUAAGGACGCCUUGGUAUACUUAGAUUUAUCUAAAGAUGAAGUGACUAUACAAGAGGGUGAACCGACAUCUCCUCCAGCAAAUAAUGAUGCCAAGUUUAACACUCAUUUGGAGGACAUUUUGCGUACCUGUAAGGCUACCGACAAGUCAAAAUUGCCAGCCACUCCAGGUACUGGUGGUAAAUCGAAACGAAAAUUAUUUACUGCUUAUUUUGGCGAAGAGGAUGUUGACUUAACGGUUGGUGAAGAUGGUGUGCAACCUCGUACACCUGUUAGGUCAGCAACAAAAAUUGACGAAGAAGUGAUUUUGCAAGAAAUUGAACAAGUGAAGCUAAAUAAUGGUUCAUCGGGUAGUUUUGCUAUAUUUAAUAAACAUUUAGAAGCCAUAAAACGAGGAGAUCCCGUUUUCAAAUUAACACCACCACGGGCUCCAGCUACACCUAAAUCAACAGAAACCUCAAAAGAGACAAGGACAUUAAGAGAUAAUAGAAAAAACUUGUUAGAUCAAAUUGGCCCUACACCUAAGUAUAAAUACGGAUUUCUCAAAUCCCUUGAUGUGUGUGUUGCCAAAUCACUUUGUCAUCCAGAUGCGUUAUGUUAUCGUGAAAAUUAUCGAACUAAGAAGGAAGAAUUGGCCAAGCUGCUAUACGAGCUUUAUAAUACAAAAUUAUUUCAAAACAAGUUGAAAGUCCCGAUAGAAUGGAACAAAAAACUUUGUAAUACAGCUGGACGUUGCCUAAAUAAGAAAAAAAUGGGCGUGCGAACGAGUUUAGUCGAACUGAGUGAAAAGGUACUUACAAGUGCAGAUCGUUUGCGGUGUACUUUAAUUCACGAAUUAUGUCACGCUGCAACUUGGAUAUUCAAUGGUGAGGGUGGUCAUGGAAGCACUUGGAAACAAUGGGCAUUGAAAGCCAAUCAUAUUUUUCCGGAAAUACCCAAAAUUGGCGUGUGCCAUCAGUACGACAUUGAGUAUAAAUAUACUUAUAAGUGCACUCUAUGCGGGGCGAAGUCACAUGCUCAUUCCAAAUCGAAGAAAGUGGAAAAUAUUAGAUGCUCCUAUUGCCAUGGUGCUAUUGAGAUAUUCUUAAAUAAAAAAGAUAAGGAGGGAAAUAUUUUGCCUACACCAGUUCGCGAACCAACAGGUUUUGCUAAGUUUGUUAAGGAAAACUAUAAGCAAUACAAACGUCCCGAUCUCAAACAUGCCGAAGUUAUGAAGAUUUUAAGUACUGAAUUUGCAGCAUUAAAAGUGCCUAGCAGCGGAAAAUAAAUUGUAGCGGCCCCCUUUUGUUAUAAUUACAUAUCUUUAUUUUACUAGAUUAACCUUUUAAGAAUAAUUUUAUGCAAGAUUUGGGCGUUGUUUUAUAUGCCUUAUAUAUUUUAUUUUAUUUUUAUUUUAACUUUUAUAUCUGACACUUUAACAUAUUUCUUAACACUCCACAUUUUAAAAUU